GGUUUUCCGAAUAGAACCACUGGCAUCCGUACUGAUCGUUCAUACGGCUUCCUCAUCGUGCAUGUCUAUAAAUGUAUCUGUGAUUUCCGACUUUCAUGCUGUAAGCAACGGAGCAUGAUUGCAACUAUGUCGUACUGUCCCUUGGCAUUCCCAAUUUUAUCCUUGUUGUCAAAGCUUACGUUGCAAGAAAGUAAGUCAUAUCAGGCAACCGGGGGCUCAAGGAGCGUCGAUGUCUGUAAAUGCUGUUGCAACUGCUGGAGACGUCCUUAUCGCUGCCUACCUCUGCACGUUCUUUCAAAAAAAUCGCACCGGUUUCUGGAGGCCUGAUACCGCUAAAUAAGCUGAUUCCUUUUACGGUCAGUACUGGUCUGCUCACCAGCGUUUGCGCGGUCACGUCCUUCAUUUCUGUAUG